ACGACGGGACGGCCUGACCCACACAUCCUGUGCCCUGUGCCAGCGGCAGGCUCUGCCCUCCCACUCCUGACUCUGGGGCUGCGCAGGCUGCAGGCUGGCCAUGAGCCCCCGGCCCUCCACCCUCCUGGGCCUCGUGCUCUGUCUGGGCCAGAUGAUCCACACGCAGGAGGGGGCCCUGCCCAAGCCCUCCCUCAGGGCCCAGCCAGGCCCGGUGAUCCCCCGGGGACAGCCUGUGACCUUCGUGUGCCGGGGCCCAGCUGGGGCUGAGUUAUUCCGCCUGGAGAAGGAAGGAAGCCAAGUAGGCUCUGAUCAGAACAGUGAGCCUCAAGAUGGUUCUCAGGGCACAGAGGCCAGAUUCCACAUCCCCGCGGUGAGUGAGGACUCUGCUGGGCGUUACCGCUGCCUCUAUGCACAUGUGUAUGGCUAUUCUGAGCGCAGUGAGCCCGUGCAGCUACAGGUGACGGAGGAUGAUGUCUCCACUCGGCCCUCAGGCCUGUCGAGAGAACACCUUUACAUCCUUGUUGGGACCUCCGUGGCCUUUCUCCUCUGUCUCCUCCUGCUGGUCCUCCUCUUAGUCCACCGUCAGCAUCAGAGAAAACACAAGUCCCUCCAGAGCAAAGGCGAGGAGCAGAGGCCCCAGGAGAGGCUCAGCCCGGCUGCUGACAUCACAGGGAGCAGACCAGAUGAGGCCACAGUCUGUGCACUUCCUGAGAAAAAGAGGGAGCUGCAGAGCCCAAGCCCUGCUGCGGGAGACGCCCAGGAGGUGACAUACGCCCAGCUGGACCAGCGGGCCCUCACCCUCAGAGCAGCCCACGCUGUGUCCCCACCGCCCGCGGCGCCCUCAGCUGCUGCCAGCACAUACGCAGAACUCCCCAGACGCUGACUCGGGACACCUGGCCUCUGCACCUACAGACACACGUC